AUGGCAUCAGCAGCUUUGGCCGUUCCGGCCUCUCAAGUCAAGCAAGGAGCUCAAAUCCUUCCCACAGCCAAGUUGCCAGUAGUGGCAGAUCUAUCCGAUGCGGACAGCAUUAAUCCAAAUAUAGUUGUCCAGCAGUGGCUUGACAGAUUCCACGAUGCGCUGAAGAGUCAGAAUCUCAAAGCUGGCUUGGCCAAGGUGUUCUUGAAGGAAGAAGCCUAUUGGAGAGAUCAGCUGUGCUUGAGCUGGGACUUCCACACUUUCAAAAACAUUGACACCAUCUCCAAUUUUCUGUCCACCCAAUCCACCAAACCCCGUCUUUCGUCCCUGUCUCUCGCCAUUGACGCUUCGAAUCCAACCCGCAAGCCCACGGUUACCCCCAUUGAUAUCUACAGCCAGGUCAAAUGCAUCUCCUCCUUCCUGGCUGUGAAGAAUGACGUCGGCCGAGGCCAUGGCGUGGUAAGACUAUGCAAGGAUGCAACUGAUGGUCACUGGAAGGCUUUUACACUGUUCACAACGUUGUCUGAUCUGAAAGGCCACGAGGAGGCUGUGGGGCAUCGUCGAGUGGAUGGUGUUAAGCACGGGCAGAUCACUGGAAGAAAGAAUUGGAAGGAGCGCAGAGAAGCUGAGCUCGAGUAUGAAGGGCGUAGAGAGCCAGCCGUACUCAUUAUUGGUGCUGGCCAAGGUGGAUUGACAGUAGCCGCUCGUCUGAAGUUGUUGGGCGUUGAUACUCUGAUCAUCGAUAAGAAUAAACGCAUUGGAGACAAUUGGCGCAAACGAUAUCAUCAGCUUGUCCUGCACGACCCUGUCUGGUAUGACCAUCUUCCGUACAUGCCAUUUCCAGCUUUCUGGCCCAAAUUCGUGCCAAAAGAUAAGCUGGGCGACUGGUUUGAGACGUAUGCGGCGACCCUCGAGCUUAACGCCUGGCUCUCAACCACGGCUAAAUCCUUCAAGUACGAUGACAGGGAGAGAAGAUGGACCGUGGAACUCGAAAGAACAAAGGACGGGAGGAAAAUGCACCGAACUCUCCAUCCUCGCUUCAUAGUCCAAGCCACAGGCGCCUCAGGCGAGAAGAGUAUCCCGUCCUCCAUCACGGGCAUGGAAACCUUCAAGGGGUCUGUGCUGUGCCACUCGUCCGAAUUCACCGGCGCACGCCCAAACAGCAAGGGUCGCCGGGCUGUGAUCGUCGGCAGCUGCAACUCGGGCCACGACAUUGCGCAGGACUUCGUGGAGAACGGGUACGAUGUGACGCUGGUGCAGCGAAGCAGCACGUGCGUGGUCACAAGCGAGGCGGCCAUGGAGUUCUACCUUGGAGCGCUGUAUUCUGAGGACGGGCCUGCAACCGAAGAUUCCGACCUGAUCUUCGCCUCCCUCCCCACGCCCCUUCUCAAACGCAUCCACAUCGACCUCACCGCCGAGAUCGGCAAGAAAGACGCCCGCCUCCGCGCGGGCCUCAAGAAAGCCGGCUUCGCGCUCGACUCGGGCCCGGACGGCGCGGGCCUGUUCCUCAAAUACCUCUCCCGCGGCGGCGGCUACUACAUCGACGUCGGAGCCUCCAAACUCAUCGCCGACGGGCGCAUCAAGGUCAAACAGGGCGUCGCCGUGCGCGCCGUUGAGGGUAACGGGCUGAGGAUGGCAGACGGGACGCUGGUGCAGGCCGAUGAGAUCGUCUUUGCGACUGGGUACGGGAAUAUGCGCGAGACGUGUGCGCGGGUGCUCGGGAAGGAGGUGGCGAGGAGGGUAAAGGAGGAUAUCUGGGGAUUUGACAAGGAGGGCGAACUCAGGACGAUCUGGAGGCCCAGCGGACAUCCGGGCCUGUGGUUUGUGGGCGGGAAUCUGGCACUGUGUAGGUUUUACUCGCGGUUGGUGGCGCUCCAGAUCAAGGCGCAUUUGGAGGGCAUUGUUAAGGAGGGGAGGGUGUCGGUGGAGGGGAAGCCGGCAGGCAUGGCGCAAAGGUGA